GUCAUAUUUGGGUGACACCAGCGACCAGAGCUUCCUGUCGGAGAGUCCUUGGAGCUCGUCGAGCGGCUUUUCGGUCAUGUUUAGGAAUGCUCUGAGCAGACUGGUGACAGAGACGGUUCGCCCCCGCCGGUAUGUGACUCCCGGGCCGGUCGUCCAGCGGCUGCCUCCCUCCUCCGCUCCGGCGCGGAGCUUCACCGACGCCAAGGACGAAGCGCGGCCGCCUUUCGACGCCUCGCUGCUGGACUUCCUGGUCUGUCCGCUGUCCAAGAAGCCGCUCAGGUACAACGCCGCAACCAACGAGCUGAUCAACGAGGAGCUCGGCAUCGCGUACUCCAUCAUCGACGGCAUCCCCAACAUGAUCCCUCAGGAGGCCCGGCUCAUCCAGAAGGACUCUCCGGACGCACCGACGCAGUAACGCCACGAACUCACGCAAAC